AUGGCUCCUACCGCAACGGACAACUUGGAGGGUGUGGAUGAGACCAUCCUCACCCUGCGCAAAGUCCUCACGAAUGAAGCGGAACCACUUGCUCGUCGAUUCCGCGCCCUCUUCUCUCUGAAGUACCUGGCUUGUCAGCAGCCUCCCACCGACAAAACUCUCCCAGCUAUCCAGGCGAUCGCUGCAGCGUUCGCUUCACCCUCUGCCCUGUUGAAGCAUGAACUCGCAUACUGCUUGGGCCAGACGCGCAACCCAGACUCCCUGGCGUUCCUCCACGAGGUCGUGAAGGACACCGAGGAAGAUACGAUGUGCCGCCAUGAAGCUGCGGAAGCUCUGGGAGCUUUGGGCUAUGAGAGCAGUCUAGAGAUCUUGAAGUCCCUGAGAGACAAUGAGAAGGAAAGCGACGUCAUUAGAGAAACUUGCGACAUCGCGGUCGACAGAAUCAUAUGGGAGAACUCGGAGGAGAGAAAGGCUGAGAAGCUGAAGCCUAGUGACUUUACCUCCAUCGAUCCUGCUCCCCCGCUCCCGCUUGAGUCUAGCCAACCCUCGAUUCCUGAGAUGGAAAAGACGCUGCUCGACACGAAACUUCCCCUUUUCCAAAGAUAUCGGGCUAUGUUUGCCCUGCGCGACCUCGCAUCGCCACCGGAUCUUCCCACUGCCCAGGCCGCGGUCGAGGCGCUGGCCAAGGGACUUAAGGAUCCCUCGGCUCUGUUCCGCCAUGAGAUUGCUUUUGUCUUCGGCCAACUCUGCCACCCUGCUUCCGUCCCUAGUCUGACGGAAACCCUCAGUAACCAGGAGGAAGUCGGCAUGGUGCGGCACGAGGCCGCCGAGGCGCUUGGUAGUCUGGGUGAUGUCGAUGGCGUGGAGGCGACGCUGAAGAAGUUCCUGAAUGAUCCGGAGAAGGUGGUGAGAGACAGCAUCAUCGUCGCACUGGACAUGGCCGAAUAUGAGAAGAAUGGGGAGAUGGAAUAUGCGCUGGUGCCGGAUUCGGGAGCCCCCGCGGCUGUCUCUGCGGCUUGA